AUGAGAAAUUUUUUUCUCUUGGAAGUAAUGCUAUAUUUUUCUUCACCAUUAGACUUCGUUGAUUCCCUUUGCACUAGCACUGAUGAAAUGGCACAUCACACUGACAAGUCGCGUCAACACUACGCCAAAAUAAGCGCUCUUGCUCUUGAUAGCUCAAGUCACUAUGAGGAGCAGCGGGCGAGAAUGCAAUCAGUUGACCUCAAUUACUUGCAACAGAAGUCAAACGAAUGCAUUGAGAAUCGGCAUGCACCCUCUAGCUUGUACACCACCUACGCGUGCUGCCAGGCCGCCAUGGCCGUUCCUCAAGAAAGUUACUUUACGCGUUUUGUACCGAACGGAUCGUCGCCUGCACGAAGAAGCGAACUCGCCAGCCGAAUUGUCGCGCAGAGAAACUACUUCUCCUACUGUAGGAAGCCCCUGGAGUGUGGCGGGGCGAUUUCUCUACAGCAACUUUCCCAGUCUCCUCCGGCCGCUUCAUCACAGCAGGGCAGCAGAGCUUCCGUGUUUUUCGAUGAUGAGCGUUUCGAUGAGACCCAUGUAGUGUUCAUCAACGGUGAGCCACAUCGAUUCAGCGGGGGCCACCAGAGCGAACGUACGCUCUACGGGUUAGACUCUCCAACCGCUGCCAUUCGAGAUGCAGUGACAGCCGCUGCUGCACACCAAGCCGAGAAAUCGAAUACCGUAUCUUCCUCAGGAGGAGUACAAAAAAGAUGGCAUGUAUCCCAGGAGCAGAGUUCUACCACCAGCCGUAUUGCUGAACCCAAGAGGCGAACAGCUGGAUUCAAUGGCACAUGCAAAAGACAGCACGGAAAAGGUAGUACUUCCUCUGACAGGUAUCGUGAUUUCCUUUCUCCAUCUGGACAGCUCUACCGUGUUUUCCGUCUCCACAAGCGGCACCUUCCACCCAUCGGGGUGAGUGAGAAAGCGAAGGGCUUCUCAUUCCAUGCGAAAGGUGCGAAAGAUGCAUCACGAACUAAAAAGUCAAGGGAUCGCGAGCCAGCUGAAUGUGACCGUGACAUCGACGGCAGGCGCGAGCUGAGGGAAGAUCGAGUAGCAGCAGACCACCGCAGUGGCGGGCGGAGGCCGGUAAAAGAUGACAAGGUAGUGUCACCUGUGUGGAAAGGGCACACAGCAAAGCCGCACAAGUCUCACGAAACUUCAAAAAAUGUGCGAGGCAAACGCAAUGGACGGCGGCAACUCGAUGCUGCCUCUCACCAGAACAGUUGCGCCACAAAGCAUACAUGCAGACGCUGCCAACGUAAUUUGAACUCAACAUCUCCGAGAAAUGCGUCAUCUGAGUCGUCCUCGUCGUGGUUGCUUUCUCCCUCAGCGAGCCCAUCUGAAGAUAUCGCGGACACGCGCACAGGCGAUCGCGAUUGUGAUGGCCCUUCAUCAUGCAGGGAGCGCCGCCAGCGUUCCCAUGACCAUCAUGGUGCGUCGCAGAACGACAAAACACAUCGCCGGCUUCCACCAAUCGGAGGGGACCAGUUGCACCGUCCAGUGCCCCCUCCGCCUUCGCACCCCUCCCGUCGCCCGCGCGAUGCGCAUAGGCGCAGACGUCAACACAACGAAGGGGGGAGACACGUCACGAAACGAAGAGGAAGUCAUAGCGACGUUCUUUCCGACUCGAGUGACCUCUCGUCAUUGCUUUCUGACUCUGCCGUUUGUGUGUGGUCCUCUCUGUCCAGUAGCAUCGAUAGUGCGAGUGACAUGUCCGACUGUGUGGUGAUGGAUAAGCCGCAGCGGAGCCCAUCGGAGGAGCACUGGCAGCAGAGGGGCACUGCACAGUGCAGACGCGCGGGAAGUGCAUCACCGCUCAUUUCGGAGGGCGAUGGCAAAGAUCAAGAGUUGUUUGAAUGCUCAAACAGCUGCUUGAGUGACAGAGAACCGGAGUGGGAGGAUGCGGACUGUACUUCAUCUUCCUUCUCGUCCACGUCGCUGCCAUCUUCGGAGCUGAGCUCGACUUCAACGUGGAGGGCUGAGGUGCGGAGGCCACGGGGCCGCGACGGUCGCCGACGUCAUCGCCGCAGCGCUCACUCACCUCCAUCUCCGUCGCGCAAAGGGGGAAGGCCGGGCGCGAGGGGUUCUGCAUCAAAUCGUCAUCGAAGGCGCGAUGGGAACAAGACGCGGAACACGAGAAGACCCGUCUGUUCACCAUCCUCGCCGAGCUCGUCAAGUGAUGAUUCUGAUUCAGACAGGAGUCCCGGCAAACCCCGGGCGCGUUCCAGAGCUGCCCGCGCGACACAGAGCCGGUCCCACUCACGUACUCGACCGCCCAUUGUCCACGCAGUUGCCCCAGCUCACCCGCCAAGAGCGCUGCCACCUUUGAUGGAGGAGGUGCUGCCAAGUACGCGCUAUGCUACGUCUGCGGCAACGCCGCUGGCACAGAGACCACAGAUGGCACAGGCGACUGAAGCCACCCACAGCUGCGCGAGCCCGGCCGUCCGGCCACCGCGCACAGAGCAGGGCACGAUCGACAAAGGAGUAGGCCAGUCCCACGGCACGGUUGAGCCGACGCGGCGCGCGUACCAGAAGAUGCCCACAUCUCCGCUGCAGGUGAACCUUUUCUGUGACUUGGUGACCCCGUCUGUCGAGUCAUCUGGCCCCGUUUGCACGUCGUCACAGGCUGAGGACAGCAACAAGGGGGGCGCGUCCCCACAGCAACAGUCCCACAAGACGGGGGAGCCGACACCAUCACCGGCAACGGAGCCGCUGGACUUGGACUACAUUACAGAGCACGUGCUAAGGGUCAUUCAAAACCGUUUGGCCGGUAAAGACAACGCGCGCGAUGACGAUGCUGCGACAGCGUUGCGCACGCACGAGGCAGCGGGGCGCGAGCGCGCUCGUCAGGAGGAGGUAAGAGAGGCGGCGAAGCGGGCAGCCGAGCAAGUGCGUCUGCGUGAUCUGCUCCGAGAGGCCCAGCAAGAGGCACGUCAGGCGCGAGAAGAGCAGCUAUCCUUGAGCAGUCUAACGGACUCGCUGCAGUUUGCGUUCGCACAGAUCACCCGUCUCAUGGAACAUGGCGACGGCACCGGCGAUGACACGGCGCGGCUUGGUCUAACGCACGAGGCCACAAAUAAGGGCGGCAACCCAUCAACGGCGGUUGGGACGCUGAACUCAAACACACUAGUUUACUGUGCUGCUGGGAGCCAUGCAAUGACGCCGCCGGGUGCAGGCGCUAGUGCUGUUGAUGGAGGUAGCGCCAGAGAUACCGCCGUGGCUGUCGAGGGCGGCCACACAUCUUCUUUGCCCGAUUCGGUCCCGGACGCAGCGACGCUGCAGCGGCUGAUUACAGUGCUGCGCCGACGACGUCACAGCCGCCAAGUCGAGCUACGCUUUCAGCGGCAGAGGGCUGAGAAGGCGGAGGCGAAGGCAUUGGAGGCAGCUCAGCAGCAGCAGCAGAAGCAAGAACUCGAUGAGCUUGUCGCCAAUGAGCAUCAGGCCCGUGCCAGCUUGCGCAGAGCUGAGGAAGAGGCGCUGGACGAGUUGCUUGUCAGUGCUGCGUCGGUUCUGGAGGAGGCCAUCGGUAGAAUGAUGGCGGCCCAGGUCAGCGCCCGCAUGCUACUGUUGGAGGAGGAGUUCAACAAGCGCACCGAGAUCGUCGCCAGCGAAGAGGAGGAGGCAGCCGACUUCUGGCAUUUCGCCGCGGAUCUUUAUCAGGCCGCCGAAGACGCGGAGGCGGAAAGGCUGCAGGCGGAGGCUGAGCGCAUGGAGGCGGAGGGCGUGGCCGCGAAGCUUCGCAAGGGUCGCGAUGAGUUAGGCCAGCGCAGCAGCGGCAGCGGCACCCAGUCCACCGCUGGCGUAGAGAAGAUUGUGGUGUCGAACCUCAUUCCGGGUCAGCUGCUCGGCAUCGAGGGAGGCAAGUCCAUCGAAAACGGCGGCAAGAUCCGCCUUAUAGGCGAUCCGUACGUCGAAGCCGUCGAGGCGCAUGCGCGGGAGCGCCGCCGGCUUGAUCGCCUGCGCCAGCAGCGGCUUGCCUCCGCUUUGCCAUCGCGCCCUGAGACGAAUAAAGCCAACGACGCAGCUGGCAGCCGUCUCUCCAGCCGUCAGCCUUCGACGGUGCGCACGGGCUUCACCGGCGGUGCCGUCAGUGCGCUGAAGCUUCACAGCCGAGCAUCGUCGCGCAAUUUUCCAGUGUUGUCGCCGGGCCGGCUUUCAUCGGACGGGAACACUCGAGUUGGCGAGCGGUCGCCAAGCCAGAACCGUCUGCCUAGUCAGUCGAACUUUGUGUUUGACGGCGAUGUCGACUUGCAAGUCUACGGACGCCAGGUUGGAAUCCCGUCAAAGACGCGCAGCCCCGCCUCGCUGCUGGCUUCCGCCCGAGGCACCCCCGUGAAGGGCGGCGCUGACAUUGCCGCUAGGCCAUACAAUAAACGGCCUGGCGAGGGGCUGCUAUUGAUGGAUAUGUACGCCUCGCAGAUCGAGCACUAG